AUGUCCUAUUAUAUAGUCGCUCACAAGGGCGAUAUUGGUGUGCCCAAGGAUUCAAAGUGGAUCAAUAUCGUCUUCAAACCCAGUGAGUACUUUUACAUGCGCACUGAUAAGGCAGCGAUCAACCGGGUUAUCGAACGUCUCCUAGAAGGAACGUUCAAUUUCACCAUGAAACCUCUAGAUAAAUGCCAAAGAUGGUGUAUUUCACUUCCGGUCCCUCGCUGGAAUGGAUCGGACGAAGAUUCAAGGGAAGCAGCUUUAGAACUUGCACAGUGGUACAAGGAGCAGAUUCUCGCGGGGAAUGCAACUAUCAACAGAGCGCUACUUUUUAAUCGGCAACCGUUCAACGCAGAACGAUAUAAGAAACCUGAACAGAAUGAGAGGGAGAUUGAGAUUGAGAGGGAGAAUGAAACGAAGAUUGAGACAAAAAUUGGGAUGGAAGUUUUUCCUAUUGACAACGGCCUUUUUUAUUAUGAGCUACAAUAG